UAUUCAAUAUUUGAAACUCAAUGACGAUUAAAUAUUUCGUUCACAUUAAUAAAGAAAUGUUUGAUAAUUACAGAGAUUAUCCGGUUCGAAGCCCACGGCAGCCAGGCACAGCGCGGAGAGCCCAAACCCCGCCACCCAGCACCCAGACGGCCUUCAGAACGGCGUCAGCGUCGAUACAGCAGAAGGCACUUCGGGGGUCAACAAACCCCUGGGCAUCGCUGACGGCUUUGGCGCUUGGUGGGCGGGACCCGUGGCCUUGGUCCGCACGGGCGUGAUGAGGCGCCUCUCCCUGGUGCUCGUGGUGAUCUGGCUCCUGCAGGGCAUCGUUUACCUGGGUCUUCCUCUCAGCGCCAACGCCUUCAGUUCCCCCUUCCUAUACAUGGCACUCAUGGGUGCCGUGGAAGUGCCAGCUUACAGUGUUUCCGCGCCGAUCACGCAGCGCCUCGGGAGGCGUCCGGUCAUCUGCUUCUGCUUAAUCAGCUGUGGUCUCCUGCUACUCAGUUUGCUGCUGCUCGAGAUGUACGGUAUUAAAGAGGAAUGGGUCGAUUUACUGCUCGUUCUACUGAGCUAUCUUAUGGUGUGCACGUCUUAUCAGGUAAACUUCCUCUACGCACCUGAGCUCCUGCCGACCACCAUACGGCCCUGGGGAACGGCCAUGUGCACGCUGUCUGCUUACAUCGGCUUCAGCAUUCCACCUUUCAUCACAGAUUACCUGGCCUACAGCUACCCCUGGCUCCCCUCCGCUGUGUUCGGCGCUCCGCCUUCCGUCGCCGGCCUCCUCGUCACCUUCCUCCCAGAGACAAAUGGCAAACCGAUGAUGGAGACCGUGGCAGACCUCCAGCUCCGCCUCUCCAAGAACAGCUUACAACACAAGAGCAACGAAUAA